AUGCGUUACCAAUUCAUCUCCGCCGCCAUUUUGGCCUCCAUCUCCUCCGUCUUUGCCCAAACCGCUGGCUUCGACGCCAUCUCUGUACCAACCAACGGUCAAGUUGUCAAGGUUGGUGAUGUUUUGGAUAUCACCUGGGCUCCUAAUGCUGUCUCCGGAACUGUCACCAUUAAGCUCUUGGAGGGUGCUACUCCAGCUACCUUGAACUACGACCCUGUCAUCGUUGCUCACUCCAUCAACAACUUGGAUGGACAAUACAAGUGGACCGUCCCAGCUUCCGUUGGCAGCUUCGAAACCUACGGAAUUGCCAUUAUCCUCGAUUCUGAUGUCAACACCUUCCAAUGGUCCUUCCCAUUCAAGAUCCAACCCGCUGCUGCUUCUUCCUCAUCUAUCAUCGUCUCCACCACCGCCUCAUCGUCUGCCGCUGCCUCUACCACCUCCGCCGCUGCAGUCACCAGCAUCUCCGGUAUCCCAGGUGGAUGCAACCCAGCUCACGGAGGAUCAUGCCCAAGCUCCUACUUCAGCACCGCUCCAGCAUCAUCCACCACCGCUCCAUUCUCUAGCAUCUCCGGUAUCCCAGGUGGAUGCAACCCAGCUCACGGAGGAUCAUGCCCAAGCUCCUACUUUAGCACUGUUACCACAGCUACCUCCACAGUAGCAGCAGCUCCAACCGUUACCCCAGCCACCAAUGGAACUGCCUCCAACGCAACCUACACUGCUCCUUCCGGUAGCAACGCUACCAAGACCGGUCCUAGCGUUGUUGAGGCCACUGGUGCUGGUUCAGCCAACAUUGCCACUGGUUCCUUUGCCUUGUUGGGUGGUCUUUUCGCCGCCUUCAUGUUGUAA